CUGCAGCUUUCCGUGUGUCACCGUGAGAGCACAGCCUUUGGGGCGUGGGCAGAGCAGAAUAACAGCGAAAACAGAACUGAGGAAGCCAUGUUUUGACCGACGACGGCAACAACUACAGACUUAUAGCCGAGAUAACAAUAAAAAAGAAAAUGCUGCUUGAGUCAGGAAAUUGCUGGUAAGAAUCAAUUUUCUCAAUUCAGUAACCUCGGGAUGUGAGUCAGUUCCAUUGAGUGACGAGGCUUUGAGUCAGUCUGAAAUAUGUGGCACCACCCAAGUAAGGUGGAAGUGAGUGGGAUUUUUAUGUGCUGCUCAAAGCAUGGAAAUUUUUGAAAGUUUCCUUCUGUAUUCUACUGUUAUUUUUUUCCAUAUCACUAAUUUUGACAAAUCACUCAUGAAUCAGAGAUUUCAAAGCAGAGAACAAACUAAUUUUCACCAUAAGACCAGCAAAUACAAUAGAAAAUGCUUUAUUGGGCAAGGAAAGCGAGAAACUUACAAACAUGAGGAUAACUAGAGACCAUAAGGUUAAGCAAUCUUGCAAGUAAACAUGUGUGUUUACCGAUAUAUUUGCAAUGAGAAGCUUGGGACAGCUUUUAAAAGGCGUUCGGAUAAGGAACACAAACAUUGAACUCCAUGAGCCGUUUGGACCUGGACCACUAAACCCCCUCCAUACCACAAAGGCCUGUAAGGAGACAAGGAAAGAGGACCAGUCCACACAAGAGUCAGAAUAUUAAUCACGCAGAGCAAGAAGAGACAAGCUGCAGCUGGAUGUUAGAGCCCCAGAGCAAACAGUAACUCGGCCUCCUACAAGAUAAAUGCCUGCACAAUCAGCAAAAUGUUCUCUAACUUGAGUUUGUUAUAUAUACACUUUCAAAUUAAUUGGCUCAAUUAAAAUGAGAAGUGUCAUGCAGAGUGUGAAACUGUGAAGAAUCAAAGAAGAUGUUGCGCAAUUCCUAGGUUCUUGGUUCUUCUGAGCACAUACUGGACCCGGACUGCAAAACUACUCAUACGGAGACAUCAUUCGCACCAGGUGGAGAAGAGACAAGAAGGAGCAGGAUGAAACAAGUAAUUGCAGAUCACAUACUUGUGUAAUGCUUAAUGGUUACCAUCCAAGAUGAGAGGAUUGAACAAAGACCUGUUUCUGCCAGUACAGACCGAAGCCAUGACCUAAACUGAGACCAAGUCCUGAGAAGAGGAAGAAAUAAAGACCAAAGAUGAGAGAUGGUUUAGACCAAAGGAAUGUGGUUGGCAGAGGUUGCGUCUGGUUGUCCACCUUCCAAAAGAAGAAAAGACUCCUCACAUCCACCCAAUGGUCACCGGCAGGUGUCAGAGCUUGUCCUCACACACAGAGGUGAUGAGAUCCGCUUAAAGAAACCAGCUGGCGCCACAAUGAUAAUAGGCCCCCUAGAGGACACCGUUUACAGAGGGGGCCAGCGUGAGGUGUAUGGGUGGGGGCAUUUCUUCCUUCCUGAGUCAGUAAACAUGACAGUUGUAGGUGUAGUGAAGGGCAUCUCAUGCCCUGGUGACCAGGUAGUUGUUAUGACAUGUGAGAACAACAAGGUGUACGCGUAUGAUGGAGAGGAGCUGCAUCCUGUGGCUUCAGACCUGAAGUGUUUACUUGAUGAGGGGAUGAAUUAUCCAGCAUCAAAGUCCUAUUACAAGGGGGAGGCCUUCAAAGAUAUGACCAAAGACGACUGGGCAGCUGUGAGGAAUAGCGAUGUAGGGAAGAGGUUGGACCAAGAGCAUAAUAAGCUAGUGACAGCAAAUAAGUCCAGAUUCCUGGAGAAUCUCAGAAUCAGCAGAAGCAACAGAGGGUUGGUCAGCUGACAACAGCCAUUCCAGUGACUCAUACCUCUGUAUGUGGAUUCAAGUUUUGCAUAAUGUGGGACUUUGUCAAAGACUGUUGCAGUGUUGAGAUCUGACUGACUGAGCUUCAGUUCUUUGUGGAGGGCAUCUGGUGCCUGCGUUCAGAGGCCCACGCCUACAAAGCAGCUUUUACGUGUACUGGGAGGAUAGUGCAAUUGUGUUGUUGAAUAUACAUUUUGCAUGUGUAAUAAAAUAAAGUCUUAUACGUUGCUAUAA